GCCAGGGCAUCAUUAUCUGCAAUGUGCUUUAUUGGUGACAUGCUGACUGCCAGGGCAAUUUUCAGAAAUCUGGCCAAAAAUGACAGUUUGAAGCAUAUUAUUUUAAUUAAAAACUAAUUCUAGUCCAUACCUGUUUUCAAAAAUUAUAAAAAAUGUUUUGGUCAAAUGAUUUUCUGUUUUGUAGCUGGACAAAAAUGGCAAGUAGAUAUUGAUAAAUACAGGAUGAGGUAACUUGGUUCGCAUACUAUAAAAGAAUGCUAUCUACAAAUUAUUUGGUAGUUGGGAGUGUUAAAAUAGCUAGAGUUUAAAUACAAUUGAAGUAGUUUCAGUAAAGAAGGAACAAGAAAAAUUUGAGUUCUGCACUUGUUAUUGGUAACAACCGAAAAUAAAAGAUAUACUAUGAGCUCUUAUGCGAGUUCAGUUUUAUAGAGUGUCUAUUGGGGUUAUAAUUGUUUGGUGUAUAUAUAUGUCUUUAUAUAGAAAGGUUUUUGUAUGUGUUACGUUUUAAAAAAAGUAAAAAAGACAGUAAAGCAGAAUGGGUUAAAAAUAAGUACAUUUUUUUAUUUUGGUAAUGCAAUAUUAAGAAAUUAUGUACAAAUAUGUAUUUCUACAGAGAUAUUAAGUAAAGUGAUGGAUCACCAUUGGUCAAAAUGAAGAAGUUUGCUGCGGGAUCGAAUGUGGUAAGAAAUAUACCUAUAAAAUAAAUUGACCUGUUAAUUGGUAGUGUUAUCAGGAUUCUUGAUUUUUGUUCUUAAUUCCUAAACACCGAACACCAUUUUAAAAUUUUUAUGUUACUAGAAAAUUGUAGUUUAUGCGCUUAUGCGUGUCUUCUUUAGGUCGAUGGACCAUCCUGAUCUUUGAGCUACUAUUUCGUUUUAAAUUAGACUAUUUUUCAAAGUAUAGUUUUUGUGUUAAUUUUUGUCGCUCUUAUGUUUGUAAUGUUUUCUUCGUGAUAUUUGUGCUAUCUGUUGUUCGAUGAGAUUGUCAUGGAUUGACAAAUAGUAGACACUUCCCCUGAGAGUUGAGGUAGUCUUAAACUGUGCAAGCAAAUUGCCUCUUAAGCAGCGCCAACUUCAAAAGAAAAGAAGAAGAUUUUUUUUUCUUUCAUUCAAACAAGCUUCUUCCCAUCCAUUUGAUCCAAGUAGCUGUUUGGAAUUGGCUUAAUUUUCAGGAUCGGCCGUAACAAAUAUUUAAUCUCAACGGUUUACUUGUGAUUUUGUACAUCCUUUGCAGCUAUUUAGCAUGCCUCCUAAAAGAAAGCCCGCUAAGCAAACAGACACUAUUGAAAAUGAUAUAAAGUCUAAGAAAGUAGUUCCAAAGCUUAACAAAAUCAUGGAACAAGAAGAGAAUAUCACAAAGAGGGUGACGAGAAAGCGCCAAGCAAAGCAGGAAUUGGUGGAAAGUGGUGAUGAGCCUAAAAAAAAAAAAAUUACAGAAAAGAAAACAGCACCAAAGAGAGUCAAAGAAACUGAAGGUACUAAGCAGAAAGCUCAGAAAGAUUCAAAAGAGAAAACCCCAUUGAAUGAUACAAUAACUAAAUGGGAAGAAAUCAAUUUUUUAUGUUCUCAAAAAAACGCAAAAGGUAAGAAACCUAAUUUAAAAGUUACUUCCUGGAAUGUUGACGGAAUAAGAGCUUGGCUCAAAAAAGAUGGAUUAAAAAUUGUUAAAUAUGACAAUCCCGAUAUUCUAUGUUUGCAAGAAACAAAAUGUAGCAAUGAAAAAUUACCGAAUGAAGUAAAAGAUAUUGAAGGAUAUAAGGCCUACUGGUGUUCUAGUAAAAAAGAGGGAUAUGCUGGAGUAGCUGUUUACACUAAAAUUGAACCAAUCAAUGUAAUUUAUGGAAUUGAUCAUGCUGAUCAUGAUAAUGAAGGUCGUUGUAUUACAUUAGAAUAUGACACAUUUUUUUUGAUAUGUGUUUAUGUCCCAAAUGCAGGUCGCGGCUUGGUCACAUUAUCAAAAAGACUGGAGUGGAAUAAAAUAUUUAAAAGUUUUAUAAAAGAAUUGGAGGAGAAGAAACCAAUAAUUAUUUGCGGGGAUAUGAAUGUCGCACAUAACGAGAUUGAUUUGGCCAAUCCAAAAACUAACAAAAAAAAUGCCGGGUUUACCCAGGAAGAACGGGAUGGCAUGACAGAAUUUUUAGAAGAUGGCUAUUUUGAUUCAUUUAGAAUGUUGUAUCCAGACAAGAAAGAUGUUUAUACUUUUUGGUCAUACAUGUCUAAGUCAAGAACUAAAAAUGUUGGCUGGAGACUUGAUUAUUUUAUUUUAUCCAAAAAGCUAAAGGACAGCGUUUGCGAUGUUGUAGUCAGAUCUGAAAUAUUGGGCUCAGAUCAUUGUCCAAUCUCAUUAUUUAUUGCAGUUUAAUUCAUGCCAUUAUCAACCUGGUGUUUGAGUAAAUAAAAUAU